GUAGAACAACAAAACAACAAAAAAAAAAAAAUUACUCAGUGCGUAAAAAUUUAUUCAAGUUUUGUAAAAUGGAUGUAGAAUCUUCAAAGCAACAACCUAAUCAAUCAGAUAACACGGAACUCUCGAAUGUUACUUCCGACACUAAAAAAAAAGAUGAAAGCAAAUCAAGCGGAACGAACCAUCCACCUACGAGUUACAUGGAAACUAUAAUUCACCUAUUCAAAGGAAACAUUGGCCCCGGUCUGUUUGCAAUGGGUGAUGCAUUUAAGAAUGGUGGUAUAGUAGUUGCACCAAUUUUAACAAUCGUCAUCGCGUUUAUUAGCAUUCAUUGUCAACACAUACUCAUUAAUUGUUCCGAGAAAAUGCGAGUACUGCGAAAUGAUCCUACUUGUGCUGAUUAUGCAGAUACUGUCGAGCAAUGCUUCGAAAAUGGUCCGCAGAAAUUGAGAAAUUGGUCAAAAAUUAUGAAGACCGUUGUGAAUAUAUUUAUAUGCCUCACGCAGUUUGGAUUUUGUUGUAUUUAUUUUGUCUUUAUUAGCUCGAAUUUUAAUCAGAUAUUUCAUGCUUACAACAUCACAAUAGACGUACACAUAGUUAUGCUUUUAAUUUUUGUGCCCAUACUCUUGGUGUCGCUUAUAACGAAUCUUAAGUGGUUAGCUCCGGUUUCACUGAUUGCUAAUAUUUGCAUGAUAGUUGGUUUGGCAAUUACCAUGUAUUACGCAUUAAAGGAUGGUCUACCUGAUAUAAAGGAACGCGAAUUGUAUACAAACUCACGUCAAUUGGCGCUCUUCUUCGGCACUGCCAUUUUCGCCUUUGAAGGUAUCGCCUUAGUCCUGCCACUGAAAAACACUAUGGCCAAGCCAUACAAUUUUGAAAGUCCUUUGGGUGUUUUGAAUGUUGGCAUGUUCUUGGUCACUUUUAUGUUUAUGUUUGCUGGUUCUGUGGGCUACAUUAAAUGGGGUGAAGGUGUUGGCGGUAGUUUAACUUUAAAUCUCGGCGACUCAAUCUUAGCUCAAUGUGUUAAAGUUAUGGUAUCACUGGGUGUUCUACUAGGAUAUCCCUUACAAUUCUUUAUUGCUAUACAAAUUAUGUGGCCGAAUGUCAUGAAUUUAUUCAAUCUACAAAAGAAACCACUUUGUGGCGAAUUAAUAUUUCGUACAAUAAUGGUUAUUGUCACAUUGGGUGUUGCGGAACUUGUGCCUGCUUUAAGUCUAUUCAUAUCGUUAAUUGGUGCGCUUUGCUCUACAGCGUUGGCCUUGGUUUUUCCUCCAAUGAUAGAGUUAUUAAUCAAACCAGAUAAUGGUAACAAAGGUCCUGGCUGUGCGUUACUUAUUAAGAAUGUUUUAAUAUUAAUUUUGAGUUUACUUGGAUUUGCUACUGGCACUUAUGAAAGUUUAAAUCAAAUUAUUAAACACUUCGGAAGUCCAGAUCCUAUAUAAAACUACAAAUUACAAUCCACAUGCGAUUUACACUAAGCAAUUUUGUAAAGUGCCUUUGAUAUUAUUAUAAUGUUAGUAUUAUAUUAAUUUUAAGCUAGUUUUAAUGAUAAUGUAAGAUGUUAUAUAAAAAUAAAUAUAC